UCGGCGCAGGUGCGUAUUGAUACCGACCAGGUAUACCUCGCCGAGAGUGGUGACAGACACAUGAUACCGCGGCAUGGAGGUUACUAAUACCUGGUGUCUACUAGUCCUGAUAUACCUAGCACACUGCACCGCCGCCCUAAAACAUUACGGCUGUUUCGAGGUUGACAAGCGAAACCGUGUAUUCACAGUGACCCCAGGAGAUCUCCGUCCAGAGGAGCUGACCCCGGCUAACUGUGCUACAAAAUGUGGAGUUUGGUUAUAUAAUUACUGUGGACUGGAGUACGGAAAGUUUUGUAGAUGUGGAAAACAUCCACCCCCUGAAUCGAAACGAUCCAAUUCCUCUUGUGUAACAAAAUGCAUGGGCGAUCAAACUCAGACAUGUGGGGCGAAGGAUUACGUGGAGGUUUACACCACAUCUCCACCCAUUGUGGGCCUGGCUUUGAACGCAUCAGCCGGAGUAUCGGAGCCGGUCCUGACCUUCACGCCAAUUCUUUUCUCGAUUCACACCGACAGUGCCGGACUCGACACAGCUUUUAGAAUGAACUACGGCGACGGAGCGGAUAGGACGGAUAAAAACGCGACAGAUAUGUUAAAUCAUACCUAUGUCUUACAUGGAAGCAAGCAAGUUACGGCGAUUGCCAACGACUACAACGAAACGAUGGUGGAAAAGGUAGUAGCGAUAACGAUAAAUGUGGUCGCCGCUAUCGCUGGGGUAAACUUGACAUGUCCGGCAGUUAUAGGGUCCUACGAGACAGGGCUGUGUACAUUAGAAGUACUACAAGGUUCUUACAUCAAUCUGAAGAUCGAACAAGACGUGGACAAGACAGAAAUCCUUUCCCUUGCAGAUGCGGAUAUCCGUACCAUUGGAAUGCCUAUACCAGCUGUUGGACCGGCCAAUCCCGGAACUUCCACUUCCAAUGACAUUGUAGCCCCGGCGUCUGAAUUUCAGCAUUCUGGAAAACUAUACGGACUUGAGUUUUACGCAGAGACGACGGGGUCAAUCACUUUCAAGGUAUUAUGUCCUUCCUGUUCCGAUUACUGCUUUGCUACUAAUAUGUGCGGAGGAACCUGUCCUGGCGUGAAUAACAUAGUGUGCACUACUGGCGAGCUAUACUGUGUUUCCGGUCAUGCGUGUUGGACUAGCGGUCCCUGUUCCAGUCCUUCGCGCUACGACGGCACUCAGCGUACUGACCUUACCUUGUCGUACUCCAUACCCUACACCAUUACACACACGGGAUAUCACUACCUGCCGAUCACUAAUGAUAUUGAUGUGACGCCGGGAUGCAUGCUGGGCUUCAAGGGGGCCACCUUGGGCUCUCGAAGUGCUGAUGACGCUAACGAAGCGGAUGUAAUUACGAGCAAUUUCGGUGAUAAGACUGCUGCAACUUCUGCCUCAAGGAGACAUUUACUACGGGGAUAUACGACACAGGGAACCAAACUCGAGUAUUCAAUCAUGUUUGAAACAGACGGAGUAAAAAACAUGAUAUUCACGUUGCAGAACGAGGGAGUCACUUCGAUACCCCCAACUGUGCUCACAAGGACCAUAAACUGUGUGGAGGGUGUGAAUGCUUCCAUUAUUUCUAUCCCAAGUUACGUGCCAGCUCUAGAACCGGUUCUUCUGGAGACACUACCGCACACAGGGACUUCGUUAACUUACUACUGGGCUAUUGAAAGUGGUGGAGUUACAGUAUAUGUUAACACUACUAAUAACAACGCCGAAUACUUCACCUUUGUAAGGGGCACAUAUACUGUGUCCAUUACUAUAGAGAAUCCUACCAGCAUGAAGACAAACACAACAACCAUUAUCGCACAUGAACCGAUCCAACAUUUAGCACUUACUCAGACCAGCUGCAUCGUGGACGAGCUGUGCUGUAUCAAACUUUCCAUGUCGCGGGGUUCCGACUACACCUGUUAUUGGACAGUAGAAGGCGUGUUUGAACAGGCAUCUGAAGAGAAGUGGCUCUCCGACACAGCCCAGACAACAUAUGUUGAAACACCACCUAAUGCCUGCUAUAACUAUCUGUUCGAAUUCGAGGACAAAUCCUCUCCGUAUAGAGUCUCGGUACGGUGUACCAACGGUCUUGGCACCGAGACCAGCGAAACCUUUAUCGCUGUUCGGGAACGGAUAAAAGAUGUUGCUUUCGAGCAAACCGGGGCACUUGUGGGCCAGUCCUUCUUUUUGGCUUUUACGUUUGGAAGUGGGGGUACAGGCCUUACCUACUCCCUAAGUUUUAACAACACGCAACCGACACUCAUUAAGGACUCCUUUGCAAACCGGGUAAGGACCCAGGUAACCUAUCCCGGCGAAUAUGAUACCUCUAAGGUAUACCCUGUUGUACUAACAAUGAGUAAUGCUGUGUCUCAGUUGACACUUUCCUUUGAUUUUGGAAUAGAAGAACCUAUUGUUAAUCCAUUGGUUACUCCCGACUUUACGCUGGAUCAAAAUGGCAUUGUCGUUAAGGAGAGUGGUGAUUCGGUUAGUUUUACAGUUACAAUGGAUUCUGGCACUAACCCAAACGUCCACAUUGACUUUGGAGACUCGUCAGCUAAUGCUACCAUGCCCACCAUUUCGACUUGGUCGGGGACUCCGUAUAUCGCAAAUCAUGUCUACAAUACAUUGGGUGAUUUUACAGCAACGGUACGAGUUUACAACACAUACAGUAUGUCCGAAUACAACUACAGAGUGUUCGUCGUCAAACGGGUGGAAAACCUGGCAGUUAGUGUACAUGCUACACAAAUUUUAUUUACACCUCCAGUUUAUGCGAAUUUCACAUUCACUCAGACCGUGGUAGAAGAUGAACCGAAUAUGGCAUUUGUAUCUAUCGAUGAUGGCAGUGGAUUCCCGGCAGUAGACUAUCCAUUUGCUGUCGGCACCCCGAUACCUUUUCUGUUAUAUAGAAAUGGAGACUUUUCAGUUCGGUUUAACAUAAGUAACCCUGUCAACUUUCUCAUUUUGACCCAAGCUGUGGAGGUUGUAGAGAUAAUUGGCACCAUUGAUAUAAAACCUCAAGGCUAUGCCCACGCUCCUAUUGGUGAAGUCGUCAACAUUGACGUCAUGCUCUCACGAGGGGACAGCGGGGGUGAUUUACAGUUGACGUUUGAUCCAGGGAAUGGCCAGUCAGCAACGACAAAAAACAGGGCAGGUGUGAGUCCGAAUGGAGUGGACACGUUCACGGCUACCUACACGACUGUUGGUAACUAUACAAUCACAGUAACGGCCCAAAGCCGACUAGAGACGAAGACCCAGACCUACGUUAUCGUUUGUCAGAGCAAAGUCACAGACAAUUUCGUCUUCGUUACUGAUCACCCACAGGAAUUUCCAAAUAGUAACACUGCUAGUAUAACUCUGCAGUUCCAAUACAACGAUGACGCACCCACCGAUGCUAUGUACAUUCUGGAUAAUGGAGAUGGGACGACAUUCGGUCCUGCCGCCUUGAGCAGCUUGGUUGUCCAUAAAGGGAUCCCUGUCGAUAUAACGACCACGUACACCACUGACGGGGACUUUUAUUCUAAUAUAACUAUAUACAACCGCGUUUCCAGUGCUUCCCGAAUUAUUAAUAGUGGAGUGUAUAAGCCUUUCCAGGAUCUUACCGUACACACGAGGUAUAAACCUAAAGUUGGUAACGAGGCAGAAGGAUUCGGCGCAUUAAAGCAACAGUUUCCAGCCGGAAAUGUGAUCUUCUACAUGAGCAGCACUCAAGGCACGUUCGUGUAUUACGAUGUAAGGGCGACGUCCAGUGGUAACAUUCACGUUUGCAACAUAACGACAAAAGACAAGUUUGAACUCAAUUUCACGAGUGGAAAUUACUUAGUAGAAAUCACAGCAAGGAACUACAUAGAGGGCCAUGAACAAACAGUCACCACUACUGUCAUCAUUCAGGAAUCUGUAGACAUAACCAGUGUCUCCCAUGACGGCAAAACUGUAGCUGUGGGUACUAAUAAAACAAUCGACAUAAACUUCAACACUGUAGGGGAUUUGACAUGUGUACAUAUUGAUCUAGGUGACAGUAAUUACAUUAUACUUGGUCAUUCCGUAACUUGUUCAUCAAAAUACAACACAUCCAUGAUGUCCGAUUAUUACCAAAGUACGCCGUUGUCAUCGGUAACUACGAUUACGCAUGGCUACCAAUUUGCAAACCUUUUCAAUGUGUCUGUGUAUGCAUUUAACGAAAUUUCUGAAUCCUGGGGUAUUUUGAUACAUGCUGUUGCAGAAACUGACUGUUCACUCCCAGAGCUUAGUAUCAAAUCACCUGGUCUCUCCGUUGAUUUCCAAAACCCGGUGUUAUUCAGAAGGAGUCAAAUAAUAACCUUGCAAGGAAUAACUAUAAUCGAUUGUUCAGAAACUUUAAACAACAUAAAAGAAUGGUUGAUUUAUGAAAUUGACGAAUACGGGAUAGCAACACGAAGCAUAGAUAUCACAGGUAUUCUCUCAUCUAGCACCUCUGAAUUGGUAUUGUGGAAGAAUUUCUUGGAUUUGGGAACCUAUAAAGUCACAUAUAAGAUGACAAUGCUACCUGAGACUAGCUCUGUCGCUUUUGAAACGUCAGUUGAUACGUACAUGCGAGUGGAAGCCUCUCCUAUUGUGGCUAUUCUAUUCCCCGGCGGAUUGUCUAGGAUCCAGUGGAAGUACGGGGAAUUGCUUACCAUUAAUCCUGGAAUACUGUCUGAGGACCCGGAUGUUCCGGCCGGACAAUCACCGCAAUUCGCUGGCUGUAGAUGGUGGUGUAGGAAAGAACCAGGCAGUUUUGAUGACGGAUUUUUAUCGUUGCCAUUGUCCAGCGAACAAGUAGUGACUACGCCGGACAACGGCGGGUGUUUUCGACAGGGCAAUGGCAUUGUUAAUACAGAGGAAUUGCAGCUGGAGUUCAACACGAACAACAUGCAUGUUGGAGAAGUAUACGAGUUUAAAAUCAUGUUAUAUACGGCUGAUGGACGUGAGGCUGAAGCUAUAGGGGAGUUGGAGAUUGUAGAUUUCUUACCUCCAUUAAUUGUGCCGAGAUGUUGUGCUGCCUCCCAGUGUACUCAGUUACCUGUUGGCGUCGAGGUAUCCGCUACCACCAAGUUGUCACUGUGUGCGGAUUGUCAGGCCAACUGCGAACUCAUAUCGUCAUAUAAGUGGAUAGUGUCCAAGCCUCAGUUUCAGUGGGACUGGGAGCCUCUCAUGUAUAGCCAGCUUAAAAACUACAUCAACGGACUUCUGGCUGAUUCAUCAGAACUAAUAUCUUUCAAAGACGGGAUAUUUAGUGAAUUCGGACUGUCAACAGACAUAAUGCGCAUUUCCUUGGAAACAUCAUUGACUUCCGGAAACAAAACCUUGAUGUCAUUAGACGUUAAGGUGAACACGCCUCCUGCUAACGGCAGUUGUUCAGUGAGCCCAUCUACUGGACAAGUGUCUUUAACGUUGUUCAACUUUACCUGUACUGACUGGGCAGAUACCGAUGGUAUCGCAAAAUAUGCUUUCUUUGUUAAGUUCAACGGAAGUGACAAUGAGAGAAUGCUGGGGAUUCAGUUGGAUCCGGUAUAUAGGUCUAAGCUUCCCCAAGGCCCUGACUACGAUAACUACCAAGUGCACACCUGGGUUCGUAUCAUCGACACAAAAGGAGCUUCCAUUGUCCACUACAUCGGUGUUGUCACGGUAAAUCCCCUUAGUGACGCUGACUUGGAAGCUAAAUUGAUAGCGUUCAGCUCAGGAAACAAUGAUGCCAUCGAUCAGAUUUACGCUACACAGGACGUGAAUGAAGUCAGUUCCACGGUUUCUGAAGUAGCCAGCUUGCUGUUCCAGCACAGUAAGACGCUGUUAUCAGAAUACGGAGAAAAUUACCCUGCUGCGUUUACUAAACCCUCCAUCAAUAGCCCAGCUUACGAGAACCCCCAGAAACUGGACCCAAAUACUCCCAUUAACGAGACGAUAGCAGCAGAAGUGAGAAAGAAACGGAACGAAGGAGCAAUGAUGGCCACUGAAGCGGCCUCAGCCUUACAUGGUCUGCCUCUCGGUUCGCCCGAAGCAGUCAUCCUUGUAGCAUCGACGGCCGUUUCUAUGGCCGAGGGAACACCAGAGCUCCUACCUAGAGCAGCACAGACUUCCUUAGCAGACCUUGCAGAGAAGGCAAUUGACACUGCCCUAAAUUUUGUCAACCAAAAUGUCACUGUCACCAUUGAGGAACGGAAAGACAUAGCUGGGGUUUUGAUUGGAAUUUUAUUUGCAACUAGAGCGGCUAGUACGAUCAACUACGCGAAUCCUACUCAGAUGGACAUCGAUAAUGUCAAGGACAUAGCCGAUUAUGACACCACCUUCGAUGCUGAUAGCAAAUCUAUACCAGAUGGUGUUGAUGAUCCUGAUGCGGCGUUGCAGAAACUGCUACUUUUUACAAACGAGGAUAGUCAGAGUGAGGUUGCAGCGCAACUCGAGAGUAAAACUAGUUCAACUGCUGGGAAGGUGGACGAAUUUGUGAUGUCUGGACUUAACCCUGGGGAUGAACCUGUAGUUUUUGACGGCAGUAGUUACUCGAUUCGUUACGAGAAAAACAGUAUUGAAAAUCUGUCUGGAGCCAAAAUGUCUGUCGGAGGGGCUGAAAUCAUACCUCCUGAUUUCUCUAAAAUCUUUCCUAAUAUGAACAGCAACACCCCUCUGUCAAUAAAGGCUUCAACAUCAGCGUUUAAGGUACCAGGUUUAAUUCCUGGAUCAGAUCCACUUAACCAUGAAAUUGGAACGGUCAGCAUCAGUAUAUACGACGAAAACAACCAGGAACUCAAGGUUAAGAACAUUAAAGAUCGAUUUGAAAUCAUCAUCCCUAGGGAUGCAUCUGUAUACGACCAGCCUCCAGACGACCACGUACCGUUCAUCCAGCCAGGCAACGACUUCUCUUUUUUCUUUAUUUCGGUUACCAAGGAACGAGCUGCAGUACAAGCAGUGUUUAAUUUUACUGAAUUAGAACAACUUCUUGUAGUAGUCCGAUCCGGAGGAUUUCCGAACCUCACAACAGAGGAAGUGGACCAUGUCUGCUUGAUACCACAACAAUUUGGGAAAACAGACGAGACUUCCAUGACGUGCUCAAUAACCACAGAUAUGCUAGGAGGAUUCAAAGGAAAACUGUAUUUCGGAGUUCGACAACUGUUGCCUAAUGAACGUGACAGAUAUCGCUUCAAAGCCGACCUGCCAAAGGACUACUCGAACGUGCCCGGAAACUUUACUUUUAACUAUACCUUAUCUGUCAGUCAGGCGAAUUGUCUUUAUGUCAAUACCACAACCAACACAUGGGAAACAAAUGGCUGCUCGGUUUCAGAGAAAACAAACAAGAGGAUGGUAUGUUGUCUUUGUUCUCAUAUGACAACGUUUACGGGUGACUGGGCUGUAGCUCCAAAUACUAUUGACUGGAACUUUGUUUUCUCCAAUAUGGACUUCUUCAAGAACCCUACUCUUUACAUAACAGAAAUGGUGAUAGCAGCAGUGUAUAUAGUCUCUGUUAUAUGGGCUAGGCGACAGGACAAAAAGGAUGUCGAGAAGCUGGGAUUAACACCUCUCCUAGACAAUGAUAUCGAUGAUAAGUAUUACUAUGAGAUCGUAGUAGCAACAGGCAUGCGAAGGAAUGCUGGUACAAAUUCCAGGGUAAACUUUAUACUUUCGGGAGAUCUGGAUGAGACGGAAGUUCGAUGUCUAUCUGAUAGCAAGCGCAAAGUGUUUCAGCGUGGAAAUGUCGAUGGAUUCCUCAUGGCUGUAAAACGUCCCCUCGGUCCACUGAACUACUUACAUAUUUGGCACGACAACUCCGGCAAGGGAAAUACUGCAUCAUGGUAUAUGAAUACCAUGGUUGUACGGGACGUACAGACGGACGAAAAGUAUAUAUUUAUCAACAACAAGUGGUUUGCUGUGGAGGAAGGCGACGGAAUGAUUGAUCGCAUCAUCGCCGUAGCUGGAAAGGAACAAAUGACUGAGUUUAGUCAUCUGUUCACUGAAAAGACAACAAAGAAUCUCAACGAUGGUCACCUUUGGUUUUCGGUUGUGGCUCGUCCUCCUCAAAGCCGAUUCACACGUGUCCAGCGCGUGUCCUGCUGUCUCUGUCUCCUUUAUGUCACUAUGCUGUCCAACGCCAUGUUUUACGAAAAUGACGCGGCUGAUUCUGGUAACGCAUUGGCGUUUGGACCUUUCAGUUUAUCACCUACACAAGUGUAUAUCGGUGUACUAUGCAACAUUAUUGUGUUCCCUGUCAAUUUCCUGAUUGUAUUCAUGUUCCGACGCUCGAGGCCACGAAGCAAGAGACCUUCACGAGUAGAAGAAGCUAUCAAGAGUAGUUCGCAAACAACAGCAUCAAUGACGGAUGUCAAUCCUCGACUAAAAAGUGCCGCCAACACAUCACGAGUGAACUCGUCCAUGCUGAUAGACAGUGGAAAACGUCCAGACACUUCAAUGUCGCGUGCAUAUACAUCUUUGUCUGUCGCUGAAGUACCAAAGGACGGAAAGAAAAAGAAGAAAAAGCUUGAGUUCCCAUGGUUCUUUACCAUCUUAGCUUGGAUUAUACUGUGGCUAACAGUGCUUGUUUCCGCUGCAUUCGUCACAUUCUACGGUGUGAUGUUUCAGGACGUCAAGUGCAAACAAUGGAUCACGUCAAUGUUGAUAUCAUUCUUCACCUCGGUUUUCAUAACACAACCAAUCAAAGUGUUUGCUGUUGCAAUACUCUUUUCACUCAUAAUCAAAAACCCCGGAGGAGAUGAGGAAGAGGAGGCUGAUGACGAAGAAAAACCAAAGAACCUGUCUAAUGACGAAGAGUUUUUACAUAUGGACGAUUUUGGUUUGGGAGCUACAAAACCAAAGAAGGCAUCGUACGUACCUGCCGAUAAUCAGCUUCUGGAUAAGGCGAGGGAAGUGCGACUGAAAGAAAUCAAGAUGUGGGCAGUCGUAAGGGAGAUAAUCUUUUAUUCCUUUUUCGUCUGGAUACUCAUGGUUAUAAGCUACCAGAACCGGAGUACGGACUCGUAUCUGUACAAGUUCAGCAUGGAACAAGUCUUCAUCAUAACGAAUGACACGAAUCAUAAGUUUGAAAAGAUCACAAAUGUACAGAACUUUUGGACGUGGGCAAAGACGGGAUUGUCAACGGGUAUACGUGCUAACAAAUGGUACAACGAUGACCACCCCCUGUUUCUGAGAGGAUAUAUCAACGACAAGGUGUCACGACUAAUGGGAUAUGCUACUAUGAGGCAGCUUCGUAGUAAAAAAGAUACAUGUCGAAUUGCUGACGACAUAGCCAAAGUGAUACCAGAAUGUAAUGGAGAAUACACCAUUAUGGAUCAGGACGAAGGCGAGUACCAAGUAGGAUGGAGGAAGAUGUAUGGUAACUCGUCUGAUGUUACAAGAGAGGAGUACAGGUACACUUCUGCCGCUGAACUAAACGGAUACCCAUAUUGGGGCCAGAUGGCUUUAUAUGCUGGUGGUGGAUAUCUUGUACGACUUAAAGGAUCAUCAAAUUCUAUCUCAAUGAAGAUGAAACAGUUAGAAAAGGAGAAAUGGAUCGAUAAGUACACGAGGGCAGUGUUUGUGGAGUUCACGGUAUACAAUCCAGGUGUAAACCUUUUUGCUAUAUCGACAUUGCUUGCGGAAUUCAGACCAAGUAAUGGUAUUUUCCCAUCAUACCGAUUCGAACCUGCAACACUUCUACCUUAUAUGAACUCGGUUAUGUUGUUCCAGCUUGCUUGUGAGAUCAUCUAUCUCCUUUUUACUCUUUAUUUUAUCAUACAUGAAACGCGAGGCAUCAUUCGCGAGAAAAUAAAAUAUUUCAAACAGUUUUGGAAUUUGAUCGAAUUUGGAAUUUGCGGAAUGUCUGUCACUGCCGUUGUCUUGUACUUUUAUCGACUGGUUAUCACUAAUACACUUACCGAACGGUUUAAACAUACCCACGGAAAUGAGUACAUGAAGUUCCAAUAUGUUGGAUAUUGGAGUGAAAUAUUCAGCUACAUCAUAGGAUGGCUGGUAUUCUUUGGCACACUCAAAUUUUUGAAGUUGUUGCGAUUCAACAAGAAGAUGUCUUUGCUGGCUUCAACCUUGAAAAAUUCAUGCAAAGAUCUGAUGCAUUUUAGCAUAAUAUUUAACAUCGUAUUCCUGGCAUUUAUCCAGUUCUUCUAUCUGAUCUACGUGGCACAUAUCAAAUCAUUCAGCACUUUCAUUACAGCUUUGGAAUCUGGAAUUGUUAUGAUGAUGGGGAAAUUCGAAAUAUAUAGCAUGUUGAGAGUGAAUCCUGUUAUCACUCAGAUCUCGCUAUUUCUGUACGUUGUGGCGAUAACAUUCAUUGUUGUAAACAUGUUUCUAUCCAUCCUCAACGAGACAUUCAGUGCUGUCCGUAACGACCUCAACAAGCAGAACAAUGACUACGAAAUUGUCCAGUUCAUGCUUGAGCGCUUUAAAUUAUGGACUGGAAUCGGGAAGGUUGACAGAAGCACGUUGAAACCGGAAGAUGUGAGGAAAGCGAAACAGGAAAGCAUGGCAGGCAAGAUCGACGAAUUCCCAGACCGAAUCGACAGACUUCUUAACUCGAUCUCCAACGUUUACAUGGAAAAGGACAGGAUUGAUUCUAUAUUUGAAAUGAAUGCAAGAGGUGGAAAGAGCAUGGGCUUGUCAAAGGGAGCUCUUGCGAGAGGUUCUUUUGCUGACAAGGCGCCGAAAGGCAUGACCACUGUCCACACUAACUGAUACCAUAUGAAGAUUGUGGAAACAAGAUCCCAUAUUAAUGAGACUAGUCAUUACCGUUGUAUAUACUUGUUUGAAAUAGUUUAUAAAGUACAGGGAUAAAAUGGUAUUGCUUGACAACGUUUUACCUUUGAAACUGCUUUCUAUCAUCGUGUUGCAGUAUUUAGAUUUAUGUGAUUUAGUAUUUAGAUUUAUGUGAGGUUUCACGGUAAUUCUAAUCACACUGCUAUUAGAAGAUUAAAUCAUGUAAUUUAGGAAGAAUGUAACAAUAGAUAAUUGACUAAGCUCUUGAUAUCAUUUUAUCAAAUAUUCCACAUGCUUAUAACUGUGGAACUUGCUAAAAACAUAAGAGGGAUAUACUUUAGGCUGUAUACAUGUAUUCAUGUCCAAAUCAAAAUGAAUUAAAUUUUGGCGAUGGAAAAUAUAUGAGGGAUAUACUAUGGGAUGUACGGUGAGCAUGCAGAUCACCAAAUAUCCACAUAGUGAUUGAAUUUUUGCUUGGAUAAGACUAAAAAUGUCAUUACAAUCUAGUGUCGUGAUUUAAUUGUACGGUUGUAAUGAUGACAAUGUGCCAGAUCAAGUAUGCAGUACAAUUCGGAUUACAAGAUAAUUAAAAGUGAAACACAAUCAACCUAAGAAGAUAAAUUUGAACAAUAAGUCGGGAUUGGAUUAAUAAAUCAAUAAGAUAUCAGCAUUUUCUGGCAAUUAUUAAUAUCUAUGUGUCCUAUUUUAGUGAUCAACACACUAUGCCAUGAUGUGGGAGGCACAUUUCAGGAAAGACAUACAGGCAUGGCAUUUAAAGGUCACAAGCUGACAUUACAGUAAUGACUAAACAGGAUAAUAACGCACAAUAUAGUCAAGGUGUUACGAGAUCACAAUAUCAAAAUACAGUCAUGAUAUUAGAUUACAAGAUCACAAUAUAAUCAUGACGUCACAAGACUAUAAUUAACGACAUUAAAAUAUUACAACAUUAUAAGAUUUCAAUAUCACAAUUCAGUUAUUAUGUGAUUAACAUAACAAGAUUACAAAGAUUAUAUAUUACAAUACAAUCACCGAAUUACAGAAUCACAGAGGUUAUCACAUAACAAUAUCCCAACAAGUCAACACAAUACAAGACCGCAACAAGUAAACACAUCACAAGAUCACAAUAAGUCAACACAUCACAAGAUCACAAUACUAGAUCACCUUUUAGACAUCACACUACAAGAUCACAAUAAUUCAACAUACUGCAUGAUCACAAUUAGUCAUCACAAUUAGUCAUCACAAUAUAAGAUCACAAUAAGAUAUCACACUACAAAGUCACAAUAAGUCUACACAUUACAAGAUCACAAUGAGUCAUCACAAUAUAAGAUUACAACAAGAUAUCACACUUCAAAGUCACAAUAAGUCAACACAUCACAAGAUCACAAUGAGUUAUCACAAUAUAAGAUCAUCUUAAGACAUCACACUACAAGAUCACAGCAAGUCAACAUACUACAUGAUCACAAUAAGUCAUCACAAUACAAGAUCACAAUAGGACAUCAUAAUAUAAGAUCAAAAUAAGUCAACACAAUUAAAGAUCACAAUAACACUACAAGAUCACAAUACAAGAUCACAACAAGACAUCACAAUAUAAGAUCACAAUAAGACGUCACAAUACAAGAUCAAAAUAAGUCAACACACUAUAAGAUCAUGUUAUAAGAUUACUAGAUCACGAGAUCACGAUACAUUAUAUAGUUAAUAUAUACAACACCAAUUACUGAUAUGGACAUAAUAUAGAGUCCGGACACUUUUAGGUCAUAUGAUCACCCAUACCGCGACACUGAAAUAUCGCAUUCCCGUUAUGUUUCAUUCUUUCAUUAUUCUCGAAAAAAACUCCGUCCAAAUAUAAACUGUUAGACUGGUGAAGAUAUAGAUGGCACUUGUUUUACUUGUGUAUAAAUCUAUAUUCCGCUGAAAAAAAGAUUAUUUAGAACGUUGCUAUGUAAGCCGUGUGAAUACAUAUAUACAUAUUCCUGGUGAUCAUUGCAUUUAACUAUGUAAUAACGUCCAAGCAGACAUUAAUAGUACGGUAACAGCGAUAAAAUAUUUUUUUCAGGCGAUGUUUUAAUUAAUGGCAUUAUGUAUACUCAUAUACAAAGGAUGAUAUCAUGCAUGGCAAGUCUAGUUCUUCUCAAAAUAAAACAGGCUUGUGUAUUAAUGUAUAAUCAGACACAAACUGAAACAGAUCUAUAGAGCAAUGUAUAAUUACAUACAAACUGACCCAGAUCUGCAGAUUAAUGUAUAUACUUACAUACAAACUGACCCAGAUCUAUAGAUCAAUGUAUAAUUACAUACAAACUGACCCAGAUCUGCAGAUUAAUGUAUAUAAUUACAUACAAACUGACCCAGAUAUAUAGAUCAAUGUAUAAUUACAUACAAACUGACACAGUACUGCAGAUUAAUGUAUAAUUACAUUGAAACUGACACAGGUAUGUAAAUGAAUGUCCAAUUACAUACAAACUGGCACAGGGCUGGGUAUCAAUGUAUAAUGAUUGAUCUAUAGGUAUUUAGGAAGCAAACUGUGUUCAAGUUCAAUGUUCAGAUAAUGGCACACAAAUUAGUGAAACAGUAUUUAGAUACCCGUCUUAAAAGAAAUAAGAUAUUAUGUUUAAAUAGUUUGAUUAUUCAAUAAUUGUGAUAUGAGAAGUUCAGUUAUUAAUUCAUUGUUGAUGUUUUAAUCUUAGAAUUUUAUUUGAAAUAAAAUUGAUUGGUUAUGCUG